UCUGACCUCUCCACAGUGCGUGGGAGCUAGCUAGCUAGCUAGAGGUGCAGAAGGUACGUAGGUAGCCACACCACCAGCUCAUCGUAAGCUAGCUAGCCAUGGCGGCACUGCUUUGCAGCCCCAGCAAGGUGCGGCGCAGCAUGCUUCUGGUCGGCGUAGCGCUGAUGAUGGUCGGGAUGCACCUGAGCGCGGCGACCCUGGACGAGGAGAUCGAGCUCAUCUGGGGCGCAAGCCACACCUACUUCUUCAUGGACGGCGAAACCGAGACGCUGGCGCUGUCCCUGGACGAACAGCAGGGCUCUUGCUUCCGGUCCAAGGACAUGUACCUCUACGGCACCAUCAGCAUGGACAUCAAGCUCGUCGAGGGCAACUCCGCCGGCGUCGUCGCCACCGCCUACACCAUCUCCGAAGGCCCGUGGUCGUAUCACGACGAGAUCGACCUGGAGUUCCUCGGCAACCAAACCGGCCAGCCAAUCGUCCUCCACACCAACAUCUUCGUCAACGGCGUCGGCGGCCGGGAGCAGCAGUUCUACCUCCCGUUCGACCCCACCGCCGACUACCACACCUACACCAUCGAGUGGAACCCCAAGUACAUCCUGAUCAAAGUGGACGGGAAGGCGAUCCGGGCGUUCAAGAACUACGAGCAGUACGGCGUGGCGUUCCCGACGUGGCAGCAGCAGCGCGUGUACGGCAGCCUGUGGGACGCGGACGAGUGGGCGACGCAGGGCGGGCGCAUCAAGACCGACUGGUCGGAGGCGCCCUUCGUCGCCUACUACCGGAACUACACCGUGGCCUGGUGCCAGCCGUCGCCCGGCGUGUCGUGGUGCGGCGCCGAGCCCAGGGACUCGAAGCGCUUCGACCUGGACCAGAAGACGCUGGGGGAGCUGUGGUGGGCGAGCCAGCAGUACAGGAUCUACGACUACUGCUCCGACCACAAGAGGUUCAACGACUCCGAAUUCCCCAAGGAAUGCUCGCUGCAACGCCAAGGACUGUGAGUCUGCGAUCGCGACGUCCUUCAGUGCUUGCAUUUGUUGCAUUAAUUGGUGGCCAAUUCAUUAUUUGAGAGGGGGAUCGAUCGAACGGUUUGAGAAAGCUCGAUCCGCUGAUUAUUAUUACUACUUGAUUUUGUACAUCUGAUGAAGAACACAGCAGGUACACGAGUACACAAUUUUGAUUCUUUAUUAGAUUGGUGAGUGAUCGAUGAUGAGUUGGUCGACGAUCUUCUCCGGCUCUGCUUCGCUUCUUCCCGUGUCAUUUCAGAUGUAUCAAGAUUUCUCUGACAGAGUUGCGCUUUGUUUUCGCCAUGUAAACUCAUGAAUAGCUUCUUCCACAUUAUUGUUGUGAUAAACCAUAUACUUUUUAUCA